AUGUCUACAUCCCCAAAGAGAGAACCAAGUAAAUUAAAUCUUUUACUCGCUGAAUUUGUGCAAUUAGGAUGCUUACGCGGAUUUCUGUAUUUUGAAACGUAUCUAAGAGGACGAGAAGAAUUACUUUUGAGAGUUUACAAUGCUGGAGACUCGAAAAGUCGCGUUCUAAGUCGCGCAUCAAGUACUUUGGAUCUUGCAAGAACAGCACCUAGAGAGCAGCUCUCUGCAAGAACGCGUCAUUUGCUACUGGAUUUCGCAGCCGGCCAGAAUCCACCAGCCAGUCCAUGUGAUCGUGAACUAGAACGAGAUUCGAGCAAGACAGCCUUCUUGAUUGCAUGUUACGCGAAAUACAAUCGUCCUUUUGUGUGGAUACGAUCAAAUCAGAAACGACUCAUCAAAGUACGAGAAGAUCAAAAGCUGGAAAGUGAUACACCAUUAAAAUUGAAUUCAACAACUGCAUGGGCUACAGAAGACGUCAAGCUAUAUGAUCUCGUAACGGAGGUGCUAUCCUUGAUUCUGAUACCUUCUCCCGAAAACCCAUUUGCAGUAGACAAUGCGUACUGGGAUACACUACCAGUCGAGGAAGCUGUUAUGGCUACAGGUGCAAUGAUGGACUUUUUGCAGAGAGUGUAUUACAGGAAUCCACCGUAUUCUACAAAAGUUAUGGAUGACUUGAUGAUACUAUAUCGUAAACACUUUGAAUAUGUAGAGGCCAUUAAUAGGAAAUAG